AUGGAGAACGACUGUAAGAAUAAGGACGUGUACGAGAGCUACGUGGUCGUGCAUAACAUCGCGAAGAGGCAUAACGUCGGGACGCUCGCCCGCAGCGCCACCGCGUUCGGCGUGGCGGAGCUGAUACUGGUCGGGAGGCGUGAUUUCAACGCCUUUGGGAGCCAUGGAUCGACCUCUCAUCUCCGGUUCCGCCAUUUCCACUCACUGUCCCUCGCCCGCUCCUACCUCAAGGAGAGGGACUGUGAUAUAUGUGGAGUAGAGAUUACGGAAAAUGGCAUGCCAGUGAACGAGCACCCUUUCAGGAAGAGCACCGCCUUUCUUCUUGGCAAUGAGGGAACAGGGCUUUCGGAAAAAGAGUGUGAGAUAUGCGACUUUUUCAUAUACAUCCCGCAAUAUGGGGGUGGAACUGCUUCUUUGAAUGUCACUGUGGCUGCUUCCAUUGUUCUACAUCAUUAUGCAGUUUGGGCUGGAUUCUCUGAGAGAACCCGCGAGGGAAACAAGUUUAUAGUUUCUGAAAAACCCACGAAUCAGAUGCGGCAAAGGUUCUGCACAGAAACAGCAGAAGCCAUUGCUGAAGAAAGAAAGCUGAAAAAGGAAAAUGCAGCCAAUGGCUUUUUUAAUGAGGGUGGCAAAGAUGAAGCUUCUGGAAACCUUUUGGACACAUUGUUUGAUCAUAUUGAAGGCAGAUUAGAAUAG